AUGAUUAAUUUAACCAAACGCAUCAAGAAAUUAUUUGAAGGGUAUGAUCUACCAAUGGAUGUACAUGGUCAACUCAUAUGCAAUCAAUGUACUGUUUUUAAUACGACAGAAAAAGAUGAUUGGUUGAAGCAUGUACGAAAAUAUCAUUACUCGGAAUUCGUCCGUUUAGUCCGGGAGAGAGAAGGUUGUCAAAAGGCUCUUAAUGUUCAACCACUUGCCAAUAUAUCAGAUAAUGAAGAUGAUGAUGAUGAUGAUGGUGAUGAAACUGCUCAUAGUGGUACACCACGUUUUGAAUUUGAUGCUUUAACAGCUAGUACAGAUUCACGUCGUCUUGCUUCUCAACGACGAUUUCAGCCAGGUCAUCCAGCAUCAGGUACAAUUCCACGUGAUUUUAUUUCUCAACAAUUGGAACGAAAUCGUCAUGCAACAGCAAGCACAUAUCCAGGUGAUUUUAUUCCUCAACAACAAUUGCAGUUUGGUAAUACAACAGCUGAUCCACUUCAACAAUCUCAAGUUCGUGAUAAGACUAUCGAGAAAGUUGGGAAAUGUUUUUAA